AUGACGCAUCCUCCCACAGAAGAACGGGCUCAUAGGUGCUUCGCAGCGCCCCCAACUGUACAGAAGGGGCUGACGCUAGCCGAGGUCAACGAGGAUCUCGAGAAACUUGGCAAGCUAUGCGACGAGGUAUAUGGCGGCCCCAUCGCUUCCAAGACUAACUCCGUCGCGGGUCCAUCCUCCGGUUUCAAUCCCAACAAGGUGACCAAACCGAAGGCCAAAAAAGCAAAGUUGCCCAUCGAAGAGAUCAUUGCUCGGCUCACGCAAGCCGCACAACAUGACGCGGAGGCUCGGAAGAUCCUGGAAAAGAUUUGGCAUGGGCCUUGA